UAAAGUGUGUUCAACAGUAACACACACCGAGGAUCACUAAACGUCAAGUAGGCUACACAUGUCAUUGAGGAACAAACAAACAAACUGGUGUUCAUUUAGUCGCAUUCAGCCUAACAUCAUAACCUGCUGCUUUUGAUGUUGAGAUCUGUGUGUGGAGAGCGUGACUGAUCGUGAAUCAGCAGGUGUGGUGUCUUUAUCUUUUGACUCCGGCUUUAUUUGCCUUAUUAGGAUUUGUGGUAUAAAGGUGAGAUCUGAUCAUUUGGAGAUACUUUGUAUCGUGUUUCGGAGAACCAGCACUUUAGUUAUGUAAUGCUUAAAUGAAUUACUCGCGUUGCGCCAGUCUCACGGAGACAGCUGAACGAAAUAUCAAGUUUAUAAACGAAUAAAUCAUUUUCGGUUGUUGAAUGUUACUUGCAGCGCGUAACGGACCGAGCGGAUUACCGGUGCCUUUCAGGAACGUGAUGCUGCCGGUGAACAAUCACGGAACAGAAAAGAAAAGCACUUGAGUGAGGAGACAUAAUGACGGAGGGUGUGAAGAUUCAUCAGGAUGCUGCCACAACCUCUGUAUCGCGGAGCAGGACGUCCUCUCUGGAGGCCGCAGAAACAGAUCUUGUGUCUGAGGAGCCGGAUCAAGAGGAAGAAGAAUCCUCCAGUGCUCCAGAGGUGCAGCAUCCUUCCACUGGAGGAGCAGAGGACAGCGGCGGUGGCCCGGUGGCGCCUGAUGGUGGCUGGGGCUGGGUGGUCGUUGCAGCUACCGUUCUGGUCUUAGCGAUGACUCUGGCUUUCCCUUCUUGCAUUGGGAUAUUUUACACAGACUUGCAGAAUGACUUCCAGGCCAGCAACACUGAAACUUCAUGGGUGCCAGCCAUCAUGAUAGCAGUGCUCCAUGCAUGCGGUAGGGAGGGAUCUCUUAUACUACUGAUUCAUGAUGCAUUAGUUCAUAACGCAAUCCUCACGGUGCUCCCGCAUUCACCCGCACCACAGGGCCCCUUAUGUAGUGUUCUCGUGGAGUGCCUCGGUUGCCGUACAACAAUAAUUAUCGGUGGGAUCCUGAGCGGACUGGGAAUGGCAGCCAGCUCAUUUGCACAGACAUUAGAAGAGCUGUAUAUCACUGCUGGCAUUAUCACAGGAAUGGGAUUCUCUCUGUCUUUCCAGCCGUCGAUCACCAUGGUGGGCCACUACUUUGUGCGGCGCAGGGCAUUCGCCAGCGCCUUGUCUUCCACUGGCACUGCACUUGGGAUGAGCAUCCUACCAUUGCUAGCCAACUAUCUGCUGAGCAGCUUUGGCUGGCGGGGCAGCUUUCUGGUGCUGGGAGGGAUUCUGCUGAACUGUUGUGUUUGUGGGGCUGUAAUGCGCCCCCUUGGGGCUAAACCAAAGAUGGAUACCAGAACCGGACAGACGAACAUUCACCAACUCAAAACCAAUUGCCUUUCCAUUCCUCAUGAACGAGAGGGUCUGAAAGGCCGUCUACGGGCCACUCUAUCCACCGUCAUGUCUUUCCUGAGCAGGCACAUGGCUUUCGACCUGCUGUACAGUAACCCGUACUUCUGUGCCUAUGCUCUUGGGGUGUCCUGGAUGAUGUUGGGCUUCGUGGUGCCUCUCAUUUACCUGGUUCCCUAUGCCACCGCUUACGGCAUGGAGCAAGACCGAGCCGCUCUACUGAUGGCCAUCCUCGGGUUGAUCAACAUCACAGUUCGGCCCGCAGCAGCACUGGUUUUCGGGCUGCCUCGCUUCCGUGGAAGCCAUAAAUUUGCAUAUCUGUUUGCCUCGGCGGUGCUGAUCAACGGAUUAAGCAGCUGCAUCUGUGGGACGGCCGCCAGUUUCCCAGUACUGCUGGCGUAUGUUAUAGUGUUUGGGUUUUCCAUGAGUCUCAUCGGCUCCUUGUUGUUCACCGUACUGAUGGACACGGUGGAGAUGAGCCGCUUCCCAUCCGCCCUGGGCCUCAUCAGCAUUAUGCAGAGCAUCAUGCUGCUGAUUGGCCCACCAUUAGCAGGAAUGCUGGUUGACAGCACUAGGCAAUAUGCCUAUGUGUUCUUCGCCUGCAGCAUAAGCGGCUCCACAGCUGGUCUCUUCAUCAUGCUGUCCUUCUACUGGCUGGACAGACAGAAGGACCGAGAGCUUAAGAGCUCCUUCACUUAUAAAGACACAAACGCACUGAAGCCAAGCAUUAAGAUGACCACAGACUGUGAUUACAGUCCAGUGCCUUUACACAGUAACAGUGUCAGAGACAUGGAGACUGAUGUGUGACCACCUUGUGUGUCUUCCGCCGUACUCAUUUUGUUCAUUCAGUGCACAGGAACCUAGUCUUUUCUCAUCCUAGUUAGAGGACGAUCAGAUGUAUUUGACACAGUGUAUGACCACGGAUAAAGCACAUAAAGGUUUUUGGACUGCUGUAAAAAUAGAAAAAGGUCCAAUCUAUUACAUGGUGCAACAUGGGAACUUGAAUCACUUCAGAUCAUGUCAUAAAACAUUCAGAAAAUUACAUUUUUUAUUACUCUAGUCUACUUCAGGGUUUCUAACAAAGGCUAGUUAUAAUUGACAUUCACAUUACUGUAAUUUAGAUUCUGCUGGGAAUAAAUGAAUGUAGAAAACGGAUCAUUUAAGAUGAUUAAAUUAUUAUUUCUAGAUGCCUUCAAUUAUAAAUGUUAUAUCUUUUUGUUAUAUGUUAUAUUUUAUUUUAGUUUUGUGUUCUGCUUUUUAAAAUCAGUAACCCAUAUAUUUAUGUAUUUUAAAGAAAAUCGUCAGUCAUUUUCUCUCAUUGCUGUUUGUGUUUGAUCUUGAUGGUAAAUUAGAACAGCAGACCAAUAAUAAUAAUAAUAUUAAUGAUAAUAACUGCCCUGCUGUAAUCACAUGAUCGAGUCAAAAUGGAAGUAAAGUCACAUUCCCUCCCUCCCUCUUCAAAUACGAAUGCCUUCGUUAAAGAUGCACUCUGUAAUCUGUCCCUCACUUGAACUAAAGAAAUGAAGUCCAUCAAAAACGUUUCAUGAGAUGCUGAGAGGUUUGAUGUCCCAACAUCUUCAACAUAUAGUUGAAUGUGUACACUUUUUACAAACAGAAUCAAGCUGUACUGCAUGGUCUAAUGAUGAAAUCCAAUUAUGACAGAUGGCCUAUGCAAAAUUACUUAUUUGUUAUUGGGUUUAUUCUAUUUAAUGUAUUUUUAGUAAGAAUUUAGUGUUAACAGCUGCUAACGUGUAUGGGCUUCAUCAUUUUCCCUUUAGUUAUAUUAGUCUCAGCUCCUAAGAACCACAAGAGGGCAGUGAUGUCAUGACUAUAAUGCAACUCUCUCAGCCAAUAAAUACAUCACUCAAAUUCGACUCCUGCCACGUGACGCGUGUCCUUUCAAUUCCUACCAAAACAAACUCUGUAUUUCUUCUUGAUGUCCACAUAUUUCACAAUUUCACAAUCCAGGCAAUUGCAUUUUAAUAUUAGUUCUUUAACAAAUUGUUCUGGUGAUGCAUUAAAAUGUAUGAUUAAAACGAUUGAUAAAAUACACUAUGAAUGCA